AUGGAGAACCGCACCGCCAUCACCAAGUUUGUCCUGCUGGGGCUCUCUGAUGACUGUGAGUUUCAGCUGCUCAUCUUCCUGGGGUUCUUCUUGACAUACCUCCUCACACUGCUGGGGAAUGUCCUCAUCAUCAUCGUCACCCUCAUGGACAGGCGCCUCCACACCCCCAUGUACUACUUCCUUCGCAACUUUGCUGUCCUGGAGAUCUUGUUCACCUCAGUCAUCUUCCCCAAGAUGCUGACCAACAUCAUCACAGGACACAGGACCAUCUCCCUACCAGGAUGCUUCCUCCAAGCAUUCCUCUACUUCUUCCUGGGCACCACAAAGUUCUUCCUACUGGCAGUGAUGUCCUUUGACAGGUAGGUAGCCAUUUGUAACCCUCUGCGUUAUGCCACCAUCAUGAGCAAAAGGGUCUGUGUCCAGCUUGUGCUCUGCUCAUGGACAUCAGGAUUCCUCCUCAUCCUGGUUCCAAGUUCCAUUAUAUUUCAGCAGCCAUUCUGUGGCCCCAAUGUAGUUAACCAUUUCUUCUGUGACAACUUCCCAAUCCUGGAACUCAUAUGUGCAGAUACAAGCCUGGUAGAGUUCCUGAGUUUUGUUAUUGCCAACUUCAGCCUGCUGGGCACUCUGGCUGUGACUGCCACCUGCUACAGCCACAUCCUCUAUACCAUCCUGCACAUCCCCUCAGCCAAAGAGAGGAAGAAAGCCUUCUCAACUUGCUCCUCCCACAUCAUCGUCGUAUCUCUGUUCUACGGCAGCUGUAUCUUCAUGUAUGUCCAGUCGGGCAAGAGUGGGCAGGGGGAGGACCAGAACAAGGUGGUGGCUUUGCUCAACACUGUAGUGACGCCAACCCUUAACCCUUUCAUCUACACCCUGAGGAACAAGCAGGUGAAGCAGGUAUUUAGGGAGCAUGUCAGCAGGCUCCAAAAGCCGAGCAAGACAUGA